CGCCGCCGGGGAAGCCGGGGCACGCCGCAGGCGCCGCGCGGCGAUGCGGGGCCGCGGUGGCGCCGAGCCCUGACCAAAGAUGGCCGCGCUGCCCGGUGGGAACAUGGCGGGGGGCGGCCGGGGGGCGCGGGUGCCGCCGCCGCCGCCGCCGCUGCUGCUGCUGCUGCUGCUGCUGCUCGGCGGCUGCCUGGACCGGCGGCCCCCGGCUGCUGCCGCCGCCGCGCCGCCUGCUGCCGUCGUCCCGCCCUCGGCGGCGGAGGAGACGGUCAUCAUCGGCCUGCGGCUGGAGGACACGGACGACGUCUCCUUCAUGGAGGGGGGCGCGCUGCGGGUGAGCGAGCGGACGCGGGUGAAGCUGCGGGUCUACGGGCAGAACAUCAACAACGAGACCUGGUCGCGCAUCGCCUUCACGGAGCACGAGCGGCGGCGGGGCGGGCGGGCGGUGGCGGGGCCGGCGGGGCGCGGCGGCGGAGGGAGUGGCGGCGGGGUGGGGGGCGGCGGCGGCGGCGCCCCGCAGCGCUGCGGCAUCCGCACCUCGGACAUCAUCAUCCUGCCGCACAUCGUGCUGAACCGCCGCACCUCGGGCAUCAUCGAGAUCGAGAUCAAGCCCCUGCGCAAGACGGAGAAGAGCAAGUCCUAUUACCUGUGCACCUCCGUCUCGGCCCCCGCCGCCGCCGCACUGGGGCCCGGGUCCCCCGGAGGGCUGGCGGGUGCUGAGGGGCCGGCCGGGCCUCCCCCAUGGGGCGAGACCACCUGGAUCUACCAUGAUGGUGAGGACACCAAGAUGAUCGUGGGUGAGGAGAAGAAGUUCCUGCUGCCCUUCUGGCUGCAAGUCAUCUUCAUCUCGCUCCUCCUCUGCCUCUCGGGCAUGUUCAGUGGCCUCAACCUCGGUCUCAUGGCUCUGGACCCCAUGGAGCUGCGCAUUGUGCAGAACUGUGGCACGGACAAAGAGAAGAACUAUGCCAAGCGCAUCGAGCCUGUGCGGCGCCAGGGCAACUAUCUGCUCUGCUCCCUCCUGCUGGGCAAUGUACUGGUCAACACCACGCUUACCAUCCUCCUGGAUGACAUUGCUGGCUCUGGGCUGGUGGCCGUGGUGGUCUCCACUAUCGGUAUCGUCAUCUUCGGCGAGAUCGUGCCGCAGGCCAUUUGCUCUCGGCACGGCCUGGCCGUGGGCGCCAACACCAUCUUCCUCACUAAGUUUUUCAUGAUGAUGACCUUCCCGGCCUCCUACCCUGUCAGCAAGCUGCUGGACUGUGUCCUGGGCCAGGAGAUCGGCACGGUCUAUAACCGUGAGAAGUUGUUGGAGAUGCUGCGGGUCACCGACCCUUAUAAUGAUCUAGUCAAGGAGGAGCUCAACAUUAUACAAGGAGCCCUGGAGCUGCGCACAAAGACUGUGGAGGACGUGAUGACUCCCCUCCGAGACUGCUUCAUGAUUGCUGCCGAGGCUGUGCUCGACUUCAACACCAUGUCUGAGAUCAUGGAGAGCGGCUAUACCCGCAUCCCUGUUUUCGAGGGUGACCGCUCCAACAUCGUGGACCUGCUCUUUGUUAAGGACCUGGCAUUUGUGGACCCUGAUGACUGCACUCCGCUAAAGACCAUCACCCGCUUCUACAACCAUCCGCUGCACUUUGUUUUCAAUGACACCAAGCUCGAUGCCAUGCUAGAGGAGUUCAAGAAAGUGAUGGGGAAAUACUACUUGGGCUCAGAGCUGUUGAAGGAGAAAUGAAGGAGAGCCUCCCUCGGCUGUGAUUUCUGCACUGUGGGAUCUGCAGCUUGGAUCUGGGAAAAUCAAUGAUGUCACUUAACUGUUGGCUGGUUAUGAUGGGAUUUUGCUGCAUGUGUGGGCGUAGGGUAGUUCUUCUCACCCCCCUGCCCUGUUAUUUGGACUCAAGGAAGCAUAGUGUGGUUCUUAAUCUGUAGCAAGACUUAUGUUUUUUUCUAGUUUUGUUUGUAGCAAAUUGUCUGAUGAAUAUUACGUUGGUCACUUUAUUACCCCUGUCAGGAAAGAGAUGCAAUGCAUUCCUCUGUGUUAGUCCUUUUUGUUAAUAGCUGGGAGAAUUACGUGCACAUUUUAAUCCUGCAAGUGUGGCUAAGCCAAAUAUGUCUCCUUACAGUUGCUGAAACUUGUGCUUAAAAUAGGCUUCUUAAAACUUCUCCUGGGUGGCUUGGAAGGUGCAGGCCAGAGACUGCUUUCCCUGGUAGCUAGACUUCCCUUGCCUGCCCUAGGAGAUAGCCCAGUAGCUCCUAACAUGUGUAUUCCCUCCUGACAUCAUUGUGUCCUGGAGUAGGAUCUGUAGUUGUGAAUAAAUUCAGUCUAGCUUGAUCAUACUUAAAUGUAUACUCCAGAAUAGUUAUGGUGGUUGGUCUGUAUGGGCAAGCCCUGUGUUAGGACCAGCUCUGUCCAAACUGGUUUCUCCUUAAAAAGUGCAGAUAUGGUGGAAAUAAAUGGCUUCCUUUGUCCUUUGAAAUGAAUGUAAAUAACUGAUAGCUUGCUUGAUCUGGCAUAGCGCCGUGUCUUUUGCAAGAGUGCUUCAGACUUUCUUCUUCAGAGCAACCUUGCCAAAUCCCCGUGAGAAUGUACAAAUUAAGGGUGACAAUCAAAUUGCAUGUUACUCUCUGGUAGUGUUGAAAAUAAAUAAGCCUACAGUUUUAAUCAUUCCCUUCCCAUCACAUUGACCUUUCCCAAAGGCUUGCUUCAAAACUCACAUGUAUGUCUGUUUUCCUUCCACCCAGGUCCCUGCUACUACAGUUUGGUGCAAGAGGCAGCUUGUGUGAUAGUGCUGUCAGUUGAAUGCUUUAACUGGUUUUAAGGAGAAAAACCUGUAUUUUUUAGCAGUUUGGUAGUUAGCUGGAUAGGUGGGGGUUUGAAGCUCACUUUUUGGGCAGGAGCAAAACAUUCUUAACCUAAGCAUGGAAUUGGAGGCUUAGAAAGAGGGGAUUAAAAGCCAAGCAUGGCAGGAUAUAUGUUCUUCCAUGGUUGCAGAAGAUGAAAUGUGUAGUUCUGUACUUGUUCUGGUGCUUAGGCUGAGCAGCUGGAGGAUUUGGUGGUGGGCCUAUUAUUAAUGUUCUUCACCCACAAUUGCAAAAUCAGUAUCUGUUUCACUUCUGUGCUGCCAGGCAAGAAACUUAAUUUUAAAAGUGAGCUGUAGCACGUUCCCAGUCGCUAUUGCUCUAAUCUCUUAAAGUGUGAAUAAACAUGAUUUCUGAAGCAGUCUGCAGGAAAGCUUCCCCUCUAAAAAACAUUGUUUACUUACAAAUAAGUAGCUUUUAAAAGAGGGGCAAUUUUCUGUUCUCAUUGACAGACCUUAUACCUACCUCUAUGUGCACUGUCAAAUCCAUUUGCCUACAAGGUGAGCAGGCUGUGUGUUUAACUUUAAUUCAAUCAUUCAAAUUUAAUGCAAGGAAGUGUAAGGUACCCUUUAUACUGGCCUAAGGAAUGACCUGCCCAACUUUGCUUAGUGCAGAGAGAUACUUCGUUUGAAAAAAGUCCACUACCAGCAGAUCUGAUGUUGGCCACUGCUGUAAAGGGAAGCAAGGUGUUGUUACCUGUUCCAGGACUGAUUUGUGUCCUGCUUUGUAAGCUGCAGCAGGGAGUGAAUGAGAGACAAAGUAAUUUUUGGAAAGAAGCUAGUGAACUGUCUCCGCUGAUCUCCUUUUUCUUGUUGACAAGUGUGUGGGCUUGCUGCUCCCCCCACUUCCCUUUUUGACAGUUUUCCUAAGUCUCUUCUCAAAUGCUCUCUGGCACUUGCUCUCAGUGUUUUUCACAGGUAGAUCCCUGCGUGUGUGAUCCUAAAUCCAAAGUGUUCUAUUUCUAGCUCCCUCCCUGCCAGAGCAACAAGAAUGCAGCUUGAAAAGCCUCAUGUUGUAAUACUAAUAUUUCAAGACCGGCCCACUUUCUACCAGCCAUUGUACUGCUGCUUUCCUGGUGGCCUGGACCGCUUUGGAGGUUUGUCAGAGCCCUCCUUACCUGGAGACUUUGAGUCAUAUGUUUGAUCUUACUUACAUCUGUAUCCACUAUUAUGUUAUACGGAAGAUUAGAGUUAAUAACCUAUUGCAAAGAAGUCACAGUAACUGUGUGCAGCAUUUCUGAGCUCUGCUUGCCUGAAUCACAUGGCAGCCUUGGGAAAAUUCCUGGAUUCCUUAUUAAAAUCAUCUCCAACUGGACUCUAAAAGGUUUUUCUUUCCUAAAAACAAUGUCGGAUUUAAUUUGGUGGUCUUUUCUUCGGGUUCUGUUGGGCUUGUAUUGUCUGUUUUUAAUAGUGUGUGUGUUUGGUGGUUACAUUGAGUGUGGACAUAAGACCUGGAGAAAAACUUUGUCUGUUUGUUUUCUAGUUCUUUUUCCCCCUCCAAAGAAAACCAAGCCCCAGCAACUUAAAACAUAAACCCCUUACUUUUGAGGGAGCAGAGAAGAAUACCUAGACCUGCUUACUCCUCGUCUGAGCACAAAGAUCCUCUUUUUGGAAGCAGGUAGGGCAGCAAGUGGUUGGUAGCCCAGGAAUCCAAAGUUUUGUAUGACUCCUGUUGGUCUGAGGUUUUUUUUGGUAUUAAGUCAUCUACCUUUCUGGUACAGCUGUAACCCAGCCGUGUAGGUGGCUUCUUUCCUGGUCUUUUUCAGGUUUUAUGGAAUACCAUCCAGAGUCCAGACUCCCCAUAAAUAACUCUUAUUUAAUGGGUCUUCAUGCUCACUUUCUAGUUUAUCUGACAGGUUGUCUGUCUCCUGAGCCAUUUUUCUGUGUACGCCUGUGGCUGCAGCAUUACAGGAAACUGGAAGAAACUCCAUAAAUCCCUCUGGGAUUAUGAAGGGGAUGUAAAACUCCUUGGAAAACAAUAUAAUUUUCAAGGCUGCUUGGCUAAUAAAAGGCAUCUCCUCUGAUCCUUUUGCAGAAAUUCAUAUAAAGGGAAAGGUGUUGAGGAGAUCCAGUGUGGAGUCUUUUUGUGUGAAAGAGAGUAGGGGAGUGGUAGGUGGGAGGGAGUUUGCCACCAAGAUACAGAAGACUUCUCAUGAUAUGCCUGCAGAUUUGUUCCUUGAACAAAAAUUGCAUGUGGGGGUGGGGGUUGCCUCGUGACACUGUUUCUUGGCUGUCUGACAGUGUAGCACCCGCAGGUACUGCACUGCCAAGAGCUUUGCUGGCCUUGCAGAGCUCCUAGGGGAUGAGCCCUUGUUCCAAUGAAGAGGAGCAGAUGUGGGUUACUGCAGGCAGCCCUCCUGCUGGUAUGCUGAGGGGAAGGCGUCAAGGGGAAUGCAUUGGAGAACAGCUCCAGUUCUUCUUGGGCUUCCUCCUGGUAAGGUUUUUUUAGGGAUCAGGAGAAGAAGAGGUGCUGCUGGAGAGCUGUAGUGCUUCUUCACCCUGGCCUAGGUGAGAGACCCAGCUGGAGGCUCUGGUCUGCUGCUGACAGUAGAAAGAAACACAUGGUUCAGGUGGCUGGCAAGGAGAGGGGUAAGUGGAUUAUAUGGCUUGAGCAGUAGAGGUUUGAAUCUGAUGCUCAUGUUGUGUAUGAUUCUUUGAUUGCUUUUUAAGCAAUUGCUAGCAACUCUUGUCAUUCAACAAACGCAAGAAGUUACCUUUUCCUCCCCUCAACUGUUUGCUAAGUUAGCAAAUGCUUUCCUGCACUGAGGCUGAUAGGAGUGAAUUCCACCACAGGUGAACCAUGUUCCUCUCUGCUUUCUCUCUGUCUGUAAAGGUUAUCUGUAACAGGCAGAGAUGUAAACUUCAGGUCAGUCUGUGCAACCAGCAGCAUUUCAUGGCCAAUUUUGGAGUAGAAUGAAGAGGCAGAAUGUCAACUUUUGAGCAAAGGUAGUAGCGCAGGAAGAUGAUUCGGUAGUUCAACCAUUGCAGUAUUCUUCUAGGGCUGAGAUUUUCUUUUUAGUUUUGGGAUUUCUCUGCCAACAUGAGAUUCUGAGCAGCAGAAUGCUUCCCUGGUGGACUUCGGUUGACUCUAAGGGGUAAGAGCAAUGGUGGUGAAUCCUGUGCAGUACUGUUUCUGUCAAUGG